GACUGCAGUGGGGGGGGGGGAGAGAAGAGCAGGAAAGGGGCAGGCAGGCGCUGCUAUUGCGCAGCCCACCCGACGGCGAGGCUGAUUGAAAAACGCUGCCUUUCUGGCUGGGCAUGGGCGCUAAUUGCAGGCGCUUCGGGGCGGCGUAGGGAGAAGGACGCCGCGGACGCGGCUGCAGCAGCAGCUUUGGCGAGGCAUAGCGAGCCUGGAGCGCAGCGAUUACCUCGAGAGCCGCUUUUCAAAGCCACCCCCUUCUUUCCUUUCCUCUCCCCCCCCCUUGCAAAUUGCUCCAUUAACAAGCCCUACCGCCUCUACCUUUCUUCUUUUCCUUCUCUCUCCCUCUCUCUCUCUCUCCCUCUCUCCCUCUCCCUCUUUUUUGAUCGACGCCGUUUCUAUGGCCACUACAAAGUUGAGGUUUAUUGUCUGGAGCGGGCUUAUAUAGAGGGGGGGGCAUGGAGCCCCGCAGCUAGAGCCUUUCCGCCAGUUUCAGAAGCAGCAGCAUCAGCAGCAAGGAACGUCUCCACCGCGCGCCUUGACGAAUGGCCCAGCCGGACGGGGAAGCGCUCCCGAGCGCCCUGGAUAAAGAAGAGGCGCGCUCGGGCGCCAGCACGCCCUCCACACCCUCCGUCUGCUCCCCACCAUCCUCUGCCUCCUCCUCCUUGCCGUCGGGGGCCAAGAACGUCUGCUUCAGUUGUGGCAUGGAGAUUGUGGACCGGUACCUGCUCCAGGUGAACGACCUCACUUGGCACAUGCGUUGCCUGGAAUGCUCAGUGUGCCGGACCUCGCUUCGCCGGCAGCACACCUGCUACGUCAAGAACAAAGAAAUCUAUUGCAAAAGGGACUAUUUCAGUCAGUUUGGUACAAAAUGCGCCCGUUGCCGGAGGCAGAUCUAUGCCAGCGACUGGGUCAGGAGAGCCCGCGGCAACGCUUACCACCUCGCCUGCUUUGCCUGCUUCUCCUGCAAACGUCAGCUGUCAACUGGAGAGGAGUUUGGCCUGGUGGAGGAGAAAGUCCUGUGCCGGAUUCACUAUGACACCAUGAUCGAGAACCUCAAGCGCGCAGCAGAGAAUGGUAAUGGCAUCACACUGGAAGGGGCGGUCCCGUCUGAGCAAGACAGCCAGCCAAAGCCAGCAAAGAGAGCCCGGACCUCCUUCACCGCAGAGCAGCUACAGGUCAUGCAAGCACAAUUCGCUCAGGACAACAACCCAGACGCACAGACCCUUCAAAAGCUGGCAGACAUGACAGGGCUGAGCAGGAGAGUGAUACAGGUUUGGUUUCAGAACUGCAGAGCGCGCCAUAAAAAGCACACGCCCCAACACACGGUGCCCCCAUCUGGAGGCUCCCAGUCCCGCAUCCCUUCGGUGUUGCCUGACGACAUCCACUAUUCCCCCUUCAGCAAUCCUGAACGUGCAAGGAUGGUGACCUUGCACAGCUACAUAGAAAGUCAGGUACAGUGUGGACAGAUGCAUUGCCGCCUCCCUUAUGCUGCCCCUCCUGUGCAUCUCAAAGCUGACAUGGAAGGACCCCUGUCGAGUAGGGGGGAGAAGAAUUGUAAGUUGGAAGGGACCCCCGGGGGUCAUCUAUUCCAACCCCUUCUAUAUUUGGCAGCCUACCAGACUGCAGCUUUCUUCAACACUGGUGAUGAGACAGCACUGCCACACUAAGUGCAGCAAGGUCAUCCUCUUCCAGUACUGACUGCUCCUGCUCUUCGUGACGUCCCAGGGAUACUUGGUGGUGGUGGCGGCACUGAAUCAUACACACCAGCCAAUCCACAGCAACUGCAGACCCUCAUGCUGCGGUAACCCACCCGUGGUGGCACUCCUGAUCCCCUUCCACGAAUCCGGCACCUGAACCUCCACGGCUCUGCAGCACAUUCCCGAUGACCGCUGAGCCCGUGACUUCCCUUGUGGAACCGUUUGGCUUUCAAAGACUCCAAGGCAGCGCAUCUCCCUGGCAGAAGCAACCAAGGACUUCAGUUCAGUAGAGUUUCAACAGCAUGCACUGUGGACUUGUUUCUUUCAAUGCUUUUGGACUUGUAUCUUUCAAUGCUUGUCAUCAAAUGCUUUACAACCACCUGAUCUUUGACCUUCCCUGUAGAGAACAUGCCCACCUACUCCUUUGACAGGCAGGGGGUCUGCAGCUUUGAAUACCAACAUGGGCUAUCUGUGCCAGGAGAGUUCUAUCCAAGCGCCACACACACUUCCAACCCAGUCACCACCCAACAUCAGGGUGUGUGUGCGUUUGUGGAAUCAGUUCCCACAAUUGAGGAUUCAAUUCCCAAUUCCUAGGAGCCACAAUGAAGUUGUCAGGGUCUAGGUCCCAGCACAGAACUGAGAAAAUAUUUGACUAUUCCUUGGUGUCAGCACCAAACUUUUUAACAGCUGUGCAAUGAACAGGUGCCUGGGGUUCUUAGUGUUGCAAAAACUAUUGAUUUGUUUACCACUUGGGGGGCCUUGGCUAAAGUGUAUUAUACUACAGAAAUAAAUGGAUAAUUAUGGUGAUGAUGAAA